UCUCUGCAGUGCCAGGUUUCACUGUUUCGGGUUCUGUUUUUUGGCCACUGUGGCUUGGCGCUGGCUAGAGUUGAGUAGUAUGAAGUCCCAGUCCCAAGCGUUGUUUUGGGAUGGUCCAGGAGCAGCAGCAGCAGCAAGGAUCUGUGGGACUGCGAAAGCUCACCCUUUGUUGAGAUUUCAGAGAGAUGGAGUUGGAUAUGGGGUUUUGUAUUUCAGCCUUUUCUGUUAGGAACUGCGUAUGUCCUUCUGAACAGAUUAAACCACUGUGUAGUUUGAAAGAGGAGGAGGGCAGAGGGACGGACUCCUCUUGCUUGAUAGCACUCACUGUUUCCACUUCUGCUUGCUCACUGUAACAGCUUUUGUUUCCAGAUAAGUGUCUGACAAAUACAGAUGGAAAUCACUGGCUUCGGCUGUCUCCGUGCCUUACUUUUCCCCACCAGUCCCCAUCCAAUGUGCUUGGCUGUGGGUCCUCCGAAGGCAAGAGGGUGGGCAAGAACGUAUGGGCAAGUAAUGGUUCCCUCAGUCAGGGAAGCAAGUAGGCCAUGCGCAGCAGACAUGGCGAUGUGUUUCUGAGGCAACAGGACCAGCAUUGAGCAGCAGCUGGGGCACUAAGCGGCCUGAAGGCUUCUGUUGGGAGAACUGGACAUGGCCCCCUUGGCCUGCAUCCCUUCAGUCCGAGUGCAAUUGAUCGCCAGGCUUCUUCCAAGAGCGGGAGGUCCGUCAGAGGACCCUCGUCCCCAAAGAGAAGGAUGGGGCCGAAGCUCGAACUCAGCGCUUUGCACAAGCAGCAAAUGCGGGAUGCCUUUGACUUGCUGGACAUCGACGGGACGGGAACCAUUGACGUCAAAGACCUGAAGGUCUCCAUCAGGGCUCUGGGGUUUGAACCCUCCAAGAAGGAGAUCCGGAGGAUCAUCCUCGACGUCGACAAGGAAGGCUCAGGGAAGGUCGGCUUCGACGCCUUUUACUCCGUCAUGACACGGAAAAUGUCCGAGGCCGAUCCGGACGAGGAGAUCCUCAAGGCCUUCAAGCUCUUUGAGGACCAGGAAAGCGGCAAAGUCUCCUUUAAGGGCCUCAAGCGCAUUGCCAACGAAAUCGGGGAGCAGCUGACGGACGAGGAGCUCCAGGAAAUGAUUGACGAAGCCGACCAGGACAAAGACGGCAAAGUGAGCGAACAGGAGUUUUUAAGGAUCAUGAAGAGGUUCGAAUGAAUCCUCCUCGGUCUCUGGCGGAACAGAGGGACGAGAGGCGCCUGGCUUCCUCCAUCCGCCCGGUUCUCCCCACUCCGCCAUUAAGCCUACAAAAGCCAUGGGGCCAAGGGCUGUGAGUGGAUGAAGGAGAGGAGGUCAGUGGGUAUUUCCAGCUCUUUUAUUCCAUAAAGUCCACCGCAGGAGCAUUAAAAGUAUUUUUUGUUGUUUCGGAA